GGAGCCUCCCCCACCUCGGACUUGGCCUAGGGCAGACGCGGAGAUAAACUCCCGAACCUCGCGCAGCCGGGAUCCUGCGACGCGGCGCGGGUGUCCGAUCACUGCUUGUCGACCGACCGCGAAGGCUGCGUGUCCCGGGUCUCAUCCACAACAUGGCUUCCAGCCUGAAGUCAUCCAAGGAAUUGGUCGUUUUCUUAGGAAAAUCGAUGAUUGCUUUUCUGGAGUCUUUGAUUUUCACCAUCAUCCCCAAACCACGGAAGAAUGUUGCUGGUGAAAUCGUGCUCAUCACUGGAGCUGGGAGCGGACUGGGAAGGCUCUUGGCCCUCCGAUUUGCCCGCCUUGGAUCCGUGCUGGUUCUCUGGGAUAUUAACAAGGAGGGGAACGAGGAAACGUGCAGGAUGGUCCGGGAAGCUGGAGCCACGAGAGUUUAUGCCUACACUUGCGACUGCAGCCAACGGGAAAACAUAUACAGAGUGGCCGAGCAGGUUAAAAAAGAAGUUGGCGAUGUCUCCAUCCUAAUCAACAAUGCCGGAGUCGUGACAGGCAAAAAUUUCCUCGACUGCCCAGAUGAGUUGAUAGAAAAGGCUUUAGAUGUGAAUUUUAAAGCACAUUUAUGGACUUAUAAAUCCUUUCUUCCUGCUAUGAUCGCUAAUGAGCAUGGACAUUUGGUUUGCAUUUCAAGUUCAGCUGGAUUAGUUGGAAUAAAUAAACUGGCAGAUUACUGUGCAAGUAAAUUUGCAGCCUUUGGAUUUGCUGAAUCUGUAUUUAUGGAAACAAUAGUCCAGAAACUAAAGGGGAUCAAAACCACUAUUGUGUGCCCAUUUUUUAUAAAAACUGGAAUGUUCGAAGGUUGUUCUACUGCCCGUCCUUUCCUGUUACCCCUUCUGGAACCAGAGUAUGUAGCUGACAAGAUAGUAGAUGGCAUCCUGACAGACAAAGUAUACUUAAAUGUGCCAAAGUUUAUAUCCUUCGUGUUGUUCUUAAAAAGUAUCUUGCCUGUCAAGAUGGCAGUGCUUACGGCUGACUAUAUGGGCGCUUUUAAUGUGAUGGACAGCUUUGUUGGCAAGAACAAGAAAAACUAAAGACCAACUCCAUGGCUGAUACCCGGCAUUCCAUAAUCCUAUUUCAAGAAAAGCAUUUUUGUCCAACAGUGUAUCUGGAAACUACAAGUACCAUUCUUUCUCUGCUCUCUGGACUAUUUUCAACCAAUACCUUUGAAAAUAAUGUUCCUAUCUGCUUUCUGGUUGUUGUUGUUGUUGUUUAGUUAAAAAAAGGAAGAGCCUAUUUUUGUCAUUUCUGCUUGCAACUGAUUUGUUAAGAAAAUGAAUCCUGUCUCUCAUGAA